UGUUGUACAUCAAACGCUCUUUCUUCACCCUAAUUGUAUGUACUGAAUUUCUGAAGAGAAUCAUUAUGAUGUCUUCUUUCUGGAAGCAACGUGCAAUAUAAAUCAGCAUAAAAGGCUAGCAGCAGUAACUUAUAGGGCUGUGUGACAUGUCAAAGUCGAAUGCAGCUGUAGUUGGAGGUGCUGCAGGGGCAGUUGCAUUCUUGGCCAUAGUCAUUCUACUUGUGUGGGUGUGCAAGUUACAAUGUAAAAACGUUGGAAACAGGAAUUCAGAGACAGGUUCUUCAGAUCCAUCUGCACUAGGUAAGAGUAGUUUCAAUGGCUAUUUCAUUUUUCACAUUGAUUGUGGAGCACAUAGAGCCAAGCAGUUCACAAUGAUAGAAUUAGAGCAAGCUACCAAGCAAUUCAGUGAAAGCACUCUCAUUGGGUAUGGAAGCUUCGGCCCGGUUUAUAAAGGUUUGCUCUGUGAUGGGACUGUUGUGGCUAUCAAAAGGCGUCCAGGUCCUCCUCAACAAGAUUUUGUUGCAGAGGUGAGUUUUUUGUCAGAGUUUCGGCAUCGAAAUUUAGUUGCUCUUCUUGGUUACUGCCAGGAAAGCGGAUCUCAAAUGCUAGUUUUUGAACAUGUACCCAAUGGAAGCAUGUGCAAUCACCUCUACGAUACUGGAAUAGAUUCCUCAACUAAAAUAGAGUUCAAGCAAAGGCUAUCCAUUGCUAUAGGGGGUGCCAAAGGUUUAUGCCACCUGCAUGGCCUAAGACCUCCCUUGGUGCACAAGAACUUCAAAACAGCAAAUGUCUUGGUUGAUGAGAACUUCAUUGCUAAGGUUUCAGAUGCAGGGGUCUCAAUACUACUUGAAAAGAUAGAAGAAGCAGGCCCAUCUCGGACAUCAGGUCGCAAUGUUCUCCGAGAUCCAGAGGUAGGACUAUCAGGGGCUCUCUCUGAAAUGAGCGAUGUGUACAGCUUUGGGGUAUUUCUUUUGGAGCUUGUGACUGGACAGGAGGCUUUUCAUAAUGACUCCUUGGGAUCUAAUGAAAGCCUUUUCCAAUGGGUGGAAUCACGAUUGGCUUUAAACGAUUUUGUGGACCGCCGGCUAGUUGGAAGCUUCACCACCGAGGGAAUGAGGGAUUUGAUCAGACUGACACUACGAUGCAUGAGUUUUCCAGGAAAAAAGAGACCAAAGAUGGAAAUGGUUGUGCAGGAACUCGAAAGGAUACAAGAGAAAGAGAUGGAAAUGACCACUGUCAUGGGUGAGGGCACUGGUUCAUUUCCCUUAGGGAGCACACUAUUUACAUCAACAUGAAGAGAGGGAAUGUGCUUGUUGGUGUUUGUUAUGUUUGAGCCAAACUUAAGCUUAAUAAUAACACACUGCAAGCAAACAAGUAGCUAUUGAAAAUUUAUUUGUCAAACUGCUGUAAUUGAAGUUGAUAAUGUAAGUAUGAUUUUACAAAGUCAA